GAAAAGAGAGCAAAUAAAUUAACCAUGUUCUUUGGACAGAAUAGAUCUAUUCAACUGCGCUGAAUUUUGCGAAUCGGUCUCCGACGACGAUAAUGGGAAUUCCAUCGGAUUUGAGGGAUCUAUGGGUGGAAAGAAGGAAUGCUCUUGUAAUUCCAUCGCCGGCUGAAGAACGGAAAAUAUCGAACGCGAAGCUUUGUACUCAAGAAGGUGUUCGUGCUGGUUUCAAGAAUGCUUCUAUUGCAUGUGUGGCCAGUGCAGUGCCUACGUUGGUUGCUGUUCGAGUAGUUCCUUGGGCCAAAGCAAACCUUAAUUAUACUGCUCAGGCACUCAUCAUUUCUGCAGCGUCUAUUGCUGCGUACUUCAUCACUGCUGAUAAAACCAUCUUAGAAUGUGCAAGAAGAAACUCUCAGUUAGAGCAUGCCUUGAGGCGCCAAGGAUCAUGAAUGUACUUUUGUGUGCGUUGUGUUGGAGCAGUCAGUUCGGAUGUUAUAUAACGGAAAAUGGCUCCAAAAUGCCUAAUGACAGUUUAAGAUCUAGUCCUUCACUUAUUUUCUUCCCAAUUUCCAAUACCAACUCUCUGUGGAUUAUGUGGACUAGAUGUAAAACAAACAAUAAAAUAAAAUAUCUCCUUCUAGUGCCGGCUACCAUUAUGGGAGCUUAUA